AUGCUAAGCGUUGUUUACGUAGCGAUGUUUUUGCGAUUGCAGCUGUUCAACUUGACGAGGAACAGUCGAACUAGUGGUCAGCAGUCAAGUGUGGGCAGCAGUUGCUGUGAGAGCGCGCACAGUUACCUUCUUCGAAGCCAAACGGCGCCGACUUACGCACGUUGGUAUCGCGGCAUCGGCGACACGGCGUGCUGCUCAUCGUCGUUCGACAUGCAGUCAACGAUCACCCCCACGCCAAACAAUAUCCGGUCGUCGCCCGACUACUCGGACCAGUUCUACGAGGUAGAGAUUGGCGACACGAAGAUGCUCAUCCUGAAACGUUACCAGAACCUGAAGUUGAUCGGCGGUGGCGCUCAGGGUGUCGUUUGCGCCGCCUAUGACAAGGUGAUCAAUCAAAACGUGGCCAUCAAGAAGCUCAGCCGGCCUUUUCAGAACGUCACUCACGCCAAAAGGGCCUACAGGGAAUUCAAGCUGAUGAACCUCGUCAGCCACAAACACAUCAUUAGUCUUCUGAACGCGUUUACGCCGCAGAAAACUCUCGAGGAGUUCACCGAUUUGUAUAUCGUCAUGGAGCUGAUGGAUGCGAACUUGUGCCAAGUGAUCCAGAUGUCGCUCGACCACGAGCGUAUGUCAUUCUUGCUCUACCAGAUGUUAUGCGGCAUCCGCCACCUGCAUGCCGCUGACAUCAUCCACCGUGACCUGAAGCCAAGCAACAUCGUCGUCAAGAGCGACUGUUCGUUGAAGAUCCUCGACUUUGGCCUGGCCCGCAGCACUGGCAACAGCUUCACGAUGACUCCGUAUGUGGUGACGAGGUACUACCGAGCGCCGGAGGUCAUCCUCGGCAUGGGCUACAAGGAGAAUGUUGAUCUGUGGUCGGUCGGUUGCAUCUUCGGCGAGAUGAUCCGUGGCUCUGUACUCUUUCCUGGAAACGACCACAUCGACCAGUGGACCAAAAUCAUCGAACAACUAGGUACGCCAUCGCCCGAGUUCAUCUGGCGUCUACAGCCGACGGUGCGCAACUACGUCCGCAACCGGACGUCGUACGCGGGCUACAGCUUUGAAAAACUUUUUCCCGACAUACUGUUUCCCGGGAACAGUUCAGAUCCGCGUUUGACGGCCGACAAAGCGAGGGACCUUUUGUCGAAGAUGCUUGUCAUAGACCCAGAACACCGCAUUUCCGUUGACGAAGCACUGCAGCACCCGUACGUUAACGUGUGGUUCGAUGAGGCGGAAGUCAACGCCCCCCCGCCUUCGCGAUACGACCACGGCAUCGACGAGCAGGAACAUACCGUGGAGGAGUGGAAGGAGCUUAUCUUCAAGGAAAUCAUGGACUAUGAAGCAACACACGACGUUUAUGGCGUAGGCAUCAACAAAACCAGUACAAGUGAGUUUGUUGAGAUCGAUUUUGUUUGA